AUGGAUGGAAAAUCAAAGCAGUUUGGGCGAAACGUAGCUCGAAGUGGACAACCAAGAGUAAGUUAUCUUUAUUUUAUAUUCAAUUUCUAGAAUGGCACAAGAUCAAGAAGAUUGGAGGGUAAUGGAGGUGGAAACUUAACGCAACAGAAGAAGGCGGACAUUGAGGAAAUUAAAUAUGAUGUUUGUAAGUUUUUUAAAAUGGCAAUAGCAACUAGGUUUUGUAUUUUUCAAAAUUUGUGGAACUAUUUGCAUUCAAAAUUUAAUUUUAUAUUGUUUCAGUACGAAAGUUGGAUGAUCUUCGAGGUACACCAUGUUUAGACACGUUUUCCAAGUAUGAUAUUCUAUUAAAACGAGAUGAGUUGAUGUGCAAGCUACGGGUGAAGAAUACGGAUGUUAAGAAAGCUAGAGUUUUAAGUGUAAGUUGUGCUUUGAGGGUUUUCUUUGGAUUUUAGGCUUAUAUUUUUACCACAAUGUACAUUAGUAACUACUACAUGCAUUACAUACUAAAAUAUCUAAUUUUCAGGCAACAUGCCCCGACAUGUGUCCAGAAAAAGAACGAUACAUGCGAGAUGUUCAAAAACUGGUCAACGAAUAUGAAUGUGGUGCUAAUGGUACGAUGGCGGCCGAAAAAGCAGUGAAAGAUUACUCAAGAUCAGCGGCAGAUCAAGAAGAACCUCUACCGCAUGAGUUGCGUCCGCCAGCGGUUUUGAAAAAGACAAUGGACUAUUUGAUCUUCGAAUUCAUGUCAAAUUGGCCUUCAAGACAAGAGUUGCCAAAGUGGUACGACUUUUUAUGGACAAGAACAAGGUCGAUUCGGAAAGAAGUCACUCAACAGAUGCUAAGUGAUCAACUGGCAGCUGAAUUAGUUGAAAAGUGCACUAGGUUUCAUAUAUUCGCUGGUUAUGCUAUGUUGGGUUUUGAUGUAGGUAUUUCUGUGAUUAAAAAUGGCAAAAACUUUCUUUACAAAGCAAAAACUGACUAAAUUUGUGGUACUUCUGAAUUUGUAUGACAGUUUUCCUUAAUUUUUAGGUAUAAAACGACUAUUUUCAGGCCAACACAUUCAAUGAACGUCUAAACACAGAGAACUUAUCCAAAUGUAUUCAAACUCUACGUCACAUUUACGAUGAUUUGGCUAAGAAAAACGAAUUUUGUGAGUCAGAAGCCGAAUUCCGAGCUUAUGACAUUCUACUCAACUUGACUGAUUCCAACGUGUUUAGGUAUGGUUUUUCAUUUUUUUUUGGAUUUUAGGUAACAAACGGACAUUUUUGUAUUUCUGAGGUUUAGAGCAGAAAAAAAUAUUUUUAUGUAAUAAAUUAAGGUUUCUUGAUAGAAAGAAGCUUUUUUAGAAUUUUAGGUAACAAACGAUCAAUUUAAAAGUUUUUCAUGUAAAAUACGACAUUCUCUGCAUACAUAUGUAUUUUUUUGACUUUUAGUAGCGUUAGAGCAUACCGAGAUGAAAUCCGAACUUCAGCACCGUUCCAGCUGGCUGUGAAACUAGCAUGCGCCUUCCAAACCGAUAAUUAUGUCGUCUUCUUCAGGCUUAUGAAGGACGCGACUUUUUUACAGGUAAAUUUUUUACAUUUUUAGAUAAUUUUGUAAAAUACGAAAAAAUGUUUGAAAUUUCAGAGCAGCUUGAUCUUCAGCAAGAUUGUGCAAUUUCGUCUGGAAGCUAUUACAACAAUAUUAAGGACGUUUAGAGGCAAAGUAAGUUGAUUUUUGGGUUGUGAAUUUUAAAAUGGCAAUAACUUUCUUUACAAAUCAAAAGAUGGUAAGAACUUUCUUUACAAUACAAAAAAUUACGAGGACUUUAUUUACAAAACAUAGAUUGGCAAAAACUUUCUUUACAAACCAGAUAAUGACAAAACUCCUUUUCAGUACCCAAUUGAAAGCCUAAAAAACGAUCUAGGCUUUGCAAACGUGGAUGAAUGUGCUGAAGUGGCUCGCCAGCUGGGAAUCAUGGAUGAGGUCGAACAAACUUUGGCAAGACCCUCGGCUGAUGUUGACCUACUAGAUGACAUUGACUAUAACAUUGGAAAAGGCAUAGUACAAGAGAAAUUGGCCGCAUCUUUGGACGAAACAAUUGCAAAUGGACGUGUUCAACGUGCCGUGUUUCCAAAACCCAUUAAUUCCUUUACCUUUGAAGGAUAUUACGAAAAUGACCCGGUUCUGAAGGAAUUUCUGGAACAACACCAGUUUGUACCCGGAAAAAGCCAUCAAAAACCCAAAUUUGAGGUGGAACACAAAGAGUUUGGAGUUUUGGAAACAAUUUCUAAUAAUGGACAUGAGGUAUGCUUACUGUAUCGUGGAAGCAAUUAAUUUGAUUGCACGGUGCAGUCGAUUUGUUUGACUGCACUGUGCAAGAAAUUUUAAAAAAUUUAGCGUGAGGUUAUUUUGAAAGCAAUCAACAUGGAAAUAGUUCUCAAAGCUUUAGAAUAUAUUGCUUUAAUUGUUACAAUAAUAUUUGUUACCUAAAAUAAGCUACAGUUUUUUAUAGAAAAAAAUUAAAUUUAUUGCACCGUGCAAAGGAAUUAUACGUCUGCACGGUGCACUAAAAUUCAUGUCCUUCAUUUAAAAGUAAAAUGAAUUUAAAAUUACAUUAUGAGAAAAAUGGCAAGAACUUUUUUUACAUAACAAAAAAUUGCAAGAAUUUUCUUUACAAAACACAAAAUGGCAAAAACUUUCCUUACAAAGCGGAAAAUAGUUUUCAUAAUAAAAAAAUUAAGUUAUGAUAAUGAAAAACUGCAGCAAAAUUAAGAAAAAAAUUACAGUAAGAUUAUAAAUAAUAUUUUCAGCUCCACAAAAAGAUUGCACCAUCUGCAAUAUCGUCAAUGUUAAAAGACAUAAAACCAAAGCCAGCGCCAUUCAGAGCACGAACAACUCUCGGCGGCGUACCACCAGAUCCAACUGGUACCAGUGAUGAUUUUGAAUUUGGAGUUAAACCGAAGAUGGCAUUUGGGUAAGGUUUAUAAGUCCAAAAUGGUUUUUAAUUUUUAUAACAUCAAAAAGGCGAGAACUUUCUUUACAAGCUAAUAAUUAGCAAAAAUUUUCUUUAAAUAGCGUGUAACGGCAAGAAUUUUCCUUACGAAACGAGAAAUGGCAAGAAUUUUCUUUACAAAGCGUAGAUAUUCGUUUUUUGGCGUUUUGUAUAUGUCCUCUUGCAUCCCGUAUUUUACAAAAAAAAUUUUAUUUUUAGUGGUUUCCUGGCCAAAAAUGAAGAUUUUUUGGAGAAAAAGGAGGGCAGAACAGGAUCCUUCAGUUUUGCCUCAAAACCGACUGAUAAUCGACUGGAAAAUGGCAUUAAGAACAAUGGUUUUGGCGGAUUUUUAAAUGGAAAAAAGUCCGAAGGAUCAGUUUUUAACGCCCCAGGCAAAAACUUUGGGGCAAAUGGACAAUUCGGUGCUGGUACUUCUUCAACUGGUGCUUUUGGUGCAAAUAGUUCUACAGUCGGUGCUUUUGGUACAACUAGUUCUUCAACUGGUGCGUUUGGUACAAAGGUAUCAAAUGGCGCACCUACGUUUUCAUUUGGAAAAACAGAGCCUAAAAAUGGUGCUGUUGGAGCACUUGGAGCUUUAAAUGGACCGUUUGGGGCUCCUGGGUCUUCAAAUGCGCCUUUUGGUGCACCUGGACCGUCAAAUGGUGUUCCUGGUUUGUCUGGACUGUUUGGUAAAACUGGAGCUUCUUCUGGGCUGAAUGGCGCACUUGGGUCAUCUUCCGGGCUUAAUGGAGCGAUUGGGUCAUCGUCUGGACUUAACGGAGCACCUGGGUCAUCUUCAAUGCUUAAUCCCGCUUCUGGAUCAAAUGGUGCACCUGGUUUAGGAAAUGGACCUUUAGGACUAAUCACUGGUUUUUCUGGUACUCUAAAGCUAUCAUUUGGAUCUACCUUAACAUCUCAGACAUUAGACUCAUCUUCUGGAUUAAAAAAUGGCUUCAAUUCACUAUCAGCACCACUUUCUUUUGGUACAAAUAGUUUGAAUGAAAAAGACGUGUCAGUAUCUGUUACUCUACCAUUACCCAGCACUUCAGAUGACAAGAAGAAAGAAGAGGAAAGGAAAAAGAAAGAACAAGAAGCAAAGGAACGAGAACAAAAAGAACGAGAAGAGAAGGAAAAGGCCGAGAAAAAGAGAAAAGAAGAAGAGCAAAAGAGGUUGGAAGAGGAGAGAAGGAGACAAGAACAAAUAGAAAAAGAAAAAGCGGCCAAAAGGGAAGAAAAACGAAAAAUGAAGGAACAGAAGAGGGUGGAGAAGGAAAAGUAAGGGCUUGGCUUUGACUUUUUGAGGGAAGGGGGGGGGGGGCCGAGUUUCAUUUUUUUUUGAAAAUGAUAAAAUUUGGAUUUAAUAUAGAUAAUGGCAAGAACUUUCUUUACAAAACAAAAAAUGGCAAAAACUUUUUUUACUAAACAAGAAAUGGCAAGAACUUCCUUUACAAAAUAAGAAAUGGCAAUAACUUUCUUUACAAAAGAAGAAAUGAUAGAAACUUUGUUUUCAAGGAAAAAAAUGCCAAGAACUUUCUUUACAAUACAAAAGAUGGCAAGAACUUUCUUUACAAAAACGAAAAGAUGUGAAAUUUUUUCAUUUUCAGGCGAAGAAGCUGGCAUCAAAUUCGAGAGAAAGCGUCGCAAAUUAAACAGAAUUUGGGCGACAAAUAUGUAUUGGAAAUCUUUGAUUCGUGCAUAGAAGACUUUAUAUGGUUAUCAGCUCAUAAUGCCAGGGAAUUGGAACAGAAAAUUGAAGAUUUUAAGGAAAAACGAGAUUUGAGAAUGUAAGUUGAAGAUUUUGUAGGGUUUUAGGUAUGAAAAUUUAUUUUUUUUUUGUAUUUUAGGUAACAAAAUUUUUUUUUGUAUUUUGUCAGAUUUUUUUAAUUUUAGGGAUAAAAUGAAAAUUUUUAUGAGAUUUUAGGUAACAAACAAAAGCUUUUUCCGUUUUUUUGGAAAUUAUGGAACGUUUGAGCAAAAAUUUAAUUAAAAAUCUUACUGCUAUUAAAUUGCCUCAAAAGAAUGGAAUACUUUGAGAAUUUUAAUUUUUGAUUUGAAAUUUGUUUUAGAGUCAAACCGUAUUAUGAAAAAUGGAAGCAAAUUAUGGAAUUCAGCAAGUUUUUGGCCAAUUUACCAAAGUUUGACUCAGAUGAAGCACAGAAAAGAAUGGUUCCAGAAGGCUUGAGUGGUCUAGAACAGCCUCCCGUUAAGAAACGGAAGCUUACGCCUUGUUUUAAGGUCGGGUUUUAAUUUUUUUAUUUGUAAAGAACGUUUUUGUUACUUUUUGUUUUUUACAGAAAGUUCUUGCCAUAUUAAAUAUUAUUUUUUAUUGCAGGAGCUAGAAGAAACCAGGCAAGUCUACCUAAAGCAACGCUACUUCUUGUACUGCUCGAAAAUUGCAGCCAGAAGAUGGUUAUCAAAGGUGGCUAAGCGAAGACAACAGCAACAACAAGAAGAGAAAGAACCAUCCCCGACACUGGACAUUGUUUUCCCACCGGUCGAUCUGAAUUUUGAACCGAAACCUCCGAGAAAACAUUUGCCAGUCCGGUUCGAAGAUGUACAUCACACCACAUUCCAUGUUUAUACACGGCCCAACGACUCGGCCAACUCCACAAUCGACCGGUCAUUUGGCUCAUUCAAGUUUGGAGACAUGAAGAAUCGACGACAAAGCUUACCCGUCGCUAUUAGCACACCGUUACCAGCAUUGAAUGGAAGUAAACACAAAAUGGCAUUUGAAGGUAGGGUUGGGAGGAUUAAAAUUGAUUUUUUUUGGUUAUUUGAACUUCAAAAAAUUGAAAAAAAAUAACAUUUUGGUACGAAUAACAGCUUUAUGUCGAUUAGAUUCACAACAAUAUUAAUAGCUGUAAAAAGACAGCGGCAAACGUAAUCAACAUUGGGAUUAAGCCUAAAUGUUAAGAGAUAUCGCUUACCUGUUUCGAGCAUAAUCUCAUUUUUUCGCUGCUUAAGCCGGAAAAGGUUUGACAAAGUUGCAAGAAGGCCGAGGGUUCAACUGUAAUGUUUGUUGUGUGGGUUGUAUAUGGAGUGAUAUGGAUAACGUAUGA